AUGUCUGAACCAUCUGAUCCAGUAUCGCCCGCCACAUCUCACCAUUCCGCCCCUGUUCCGCUUCCAUCAACGCCUGUUUCAUUUCCUUCGAGGGCACCUCGGGUUCAUCAUCUCCCUGUCUUAAAAGCAGACCUGAAGAAGGUAGCAGCAUCCCGUGGCAAUGUUCACGCCCGGAAAGUGGCCAUCCUCAUUCGCUGGGAAAAUGAUACUACCGGUGCAGAGGAAGAUAUCAUCACUAUUGGCAAAGUCAUGGAAACCUUCGACCUCCAGUAUACCGAUCACAUUCUGAAAGCAAAGGACCCCACCCCAGGUUGGAAUCUUUCAGCCAAGAUCCGCAAAAUGAUUCUUGACUGUUAUCAUUCCAAACUACAUUCCGUAUUCGUGUUCUACUACGUCGGACAUGGAGCUAUCGUCGAUGGGAACCUGUAUUUUAUCCAGGACGGUAAACGUGUUUCAUGGUCCGAUAUCCGUGCAGACUUUUUCUCCGAAGACGAUGCUGUGCGACACGUCGAUAUCCUCGGGGUAAUUGAUUGUUGCUACUCUGGCGCCGCAACAAGAGCACAGGCCUCAAGAGCGAUCCAAGUUAUGGCGGCCUGUGGUCCUAAUGAGGGAACAAGCCCUCGGGGCCAGAAAGCAUCGUUGACUAUGCGACUAUUCGGUGCAGUUCAGCGCUUUAAAGGCCAAUCAAGUGUGUUCACAGCCGCCUUGUUUCAGGAAAUACAGCGACAGAAACCACGGACUGCUCCAAGUGCUGUGUUUGAAACUCUCAGUGGUACCCAGCCAAUCAGACUCGUGUUCAAUGACCACGCUCCUUCCUCGCGCAUCCCACGCCCUUCAUCACAUGUGAAUGAGAAACAUGUACUUGUCAAACUGACCCUGCACGGUCACAGUCAAAUACCAGGUCAUAGCGAAGUACUGGAAAGCUUCAAAAAUGCGAUCCAAGAUCUACCGCCCAGUAUGAAAGUGGAGAUCUCGGACGCUUAUGAAACCGAUCAGUCUAUUUUCCUUAUUAUAGGAAUGUCGUGGGAAGCCUGGUCCCUAUGGACCAUGGUUGCCCAUCUAGACUUUGUAGGUGUCACUCUUGGCCCUUCCUUGAUGUCCAGGCGGCUUGUUGAAGUUCCAGUUCCUGUCUCGGAUGAGAAUCGUCACCCUUCCCAUGGGAAAGGCAAGGUCGAGUAG